GUUGUGUCCUUAAACUUGUAACACCGACCGGACGUGUCUGCGAAUGUGUGGCGCGGGUGCCAAACGCAUAUCGGCUGCGAAUAUAAAAAAAUCAUUUUUAGUGAAAAGAGCGAAUUCGUCGAUCCGAAAUAAAAAAAAAAUAACGGGUUGUAGGGAAAUUUAAAUGACCAUGUAGUUUUAUUUAAAAUCUAUAAAAAAAAAUUUAAUCAGAUUUUAAUUAGUAGAUUCGUAUAUCUUGUUUAUUUUUUUUAAAUAAAUAAAUUUUAAUUUUAUUAUCUGUGGUUUUAAAGUUUUACGUUUCAAGACAAUAUUUUGUGUUGCUGAAAUGAUUGUCUAGAGAGACUUGAGGUGGAUACGACGGGAAAAUGUCGAGGAUCACACCAACCCUGAUGACAGUGCUGGUGGUAGCUUCCAUCAACAUAGCGACGGGAAUUUCAUAUGUUCCUAAAGCAGAUAUAGGAUAUCCAGCUGGCUUGCUACCUGAAUGUCCAGGAGUUCAGAAGAACGCCACAAUCAGCGCUCGGAUGCUGCCGAACUUGAAAAUCACCCUGCACAAAAUCCUUCCAAACGGACUGAUCAGCAGACAGCUGGUGCCGAUCGGGACUGCACACAAGAUCGUGGCCAAAGAUAAAAGUUACGAUUUCAGAUCGAAGAAGACGAUGCUGUACGCCGUGGGCUUCCUGGACAGUUCCAUUUUCCCACAUUCGCAGGCUAUAGGCACCGCCUACGCGAAGCGUGGCUACAACGUCUUCAUAACGGAAACAGUACAUUUAUUGACAUACAUAUACCCGAAAUCAGUACGUAUUACCAAAGUGAUCGGAAUGAAGGUCGGCGAAUUCCUCGUUAAGCUAAUGGAACAAGGCUUAUCUCCCGACGAUUUGGAGUUAGUCGGGGCCAGUCUUGGGGGUCAUCUGGUCGGAGCGGCCGCCAAAUAUAUAUACGAGAAGACUGGCUUCAAACCGUUUCGCGUCACCGGCCUGGACCCCGCCGGCCCGUGCUUUAGAUCGCUUCCAGAAGAAUUUAAACUGUCUCCAAAUGACGGUCAGCAUGUAGACGUCAUCCACACAAACAUAGACGGCUUUGGUAUCGCCGAGAGGCUUGGUCAUAUAGACGUCUACGUCAAUGGCGGCGAGUACCAGCCCGGCGACAUCCCCUACAUCCCUUGCCUUGUGGUUUGCAGUCACAUACGUUCGAUAUUAUAUUGGUGGCAAGCCUUAGAGCACCCGAAGAAGUUCAUAGGCGUGAAAUGCGCUAGCAUCCAGGAGGCUAGAUUGGCGAACUGCUUCAACAACACGGAUAUCGUUUACAUGGGCCUAGAAACUGAUUUUAGUAAGAGUGGAAUUUAUUAUCUGCCCACGCACAAUGAGUUUCCGUAUUACAGAGGCAAAGCUGGCUUAAAAGCCGAGAACGAAAUAUAUACGUCAAUUACUAAGCAGAUAAACGCGGUUGAUUUGUUUGAAGCCUAAGAAUGUUUGGUUUUUAAGGAAAAAAAUAUUAAUCGGAAAUUGAUAUAUCACACAUACGGUGCGAUAACGUCACUUAUUACUGGUGGUAGGACCUCUUGUGAGUCCGCACCGGUAGAUACCACCACCCUUUCUAUUUCUGCCUUGAAGCAGUAAUGCGUUUCGGUUUGAAGGGUAGGGCAGCCGUUGUAACUAUACUUGAGACCUUAGAACUUAUAUCUCAAGGUGGGUGGCGCAUUUACGUUGUAGAUGUCUAUGGGCUCCAGUAACCACUUAACACCAAGUGGGCUGUGAGCUCGUCCACCCAUCUAAGCAAUAAAAAAAAAAACAUAAAUUGCAUAAGCUACUUUAUAGCACCGAAUGUGAUGUGCGAUAUGAAACAGUUCUUUUUUUGAUUCGCCUGUUAUAUCGUCUUCAAAGCCGAUUGGUUUGAUAACGUCAGCUACCAGAGUCUGUAGAUACAGCGCGAAUCUCGUCGCUCGUAUGAGAUACGUGAUCUAAUAUAAGUUUCAAUUGAAUUUCUUUCCAUGUUAUUUGAGGCACGCGGCCUGGAACUAUCUUCUCAAAUUGUACAAUUGAAAAUGUUUAAAUUUUUUUUAUUGCCCUUGUAGCCAGACGAGCAUACGGCCCACCUGAUGGUGAGUGGUUACCGUCGCCCGUGGACUUCAGCCAGGGGCAGAGCCAAGCCGCUGCCUACCGCAAAAAUUGGUUUUAAUGUAUUAUGAAUAUUGGUGGCACUAUUUUGGAUAAGAUUCAUUAUCAAUAUUUGCUUGUGAUCGGGAUUAUAGGAAAAAAAGUCAAAUUUGUGUUUUUGUUUUAUUUUAUGAAAAGUUGGUUACGAUAUCUAUGCUCUGUUAAUAUAUCUAUGUAAAAAUUGCAGCAGCAUGUAUUUUUAUGAAACUUAAAAUAAAAAGCAGAAUUCCCUGGUCUGUUUUUCGUGCGAUCGUACGCGAUUUGCAAAUUAUUUUCUGUUAGUUUCGAAUUCGUUUUAACCCUGAUACUGGCCAUGUCCAUUGGCAGUGUCCGCUCACGGCCAGUGCACCGUGACCUGUGUUUAAUCAAUCAAGUUUUGACAUGAACAAUUUAGCUAAUUCAAUUCUUCCUCAAUUAUAAUAUCAAGCUUAAACUACUGUAGUAUUAUGCAAAAUAAUGGUAAUUAGUUUGAAUAUAUUAGACAAAAAAAUUUUUUUUUUCCGUUCCGCACAGCGUAUGCUUUUUUUAAUCCAAAACCUAUUUAGGAAAUGCUUUUUGUAUACAAAAUAUCUUCGUUAGAUUUAUAGUUUGUCCUCGAGUUAUUUUUAUUAUUAUUUUUUUAUUGCCCUUGUAGGCAGACGAGCAUACGGCCCACCUGAUGCUGAGUGGUUACCGUCGCCCAUGGACUUCAGAAAUGCCAGGGGCAGAGUCAAGCCGCUGCCUACCGCUUAAUACUCUCCACAAGCCUCGUUUGAAGAAGGACAUGUCAUAGCGCUCGGGAAACACCGUGGAGGGGAGCUCAUUCCAUAGUCGGAUGGUACGUGGAAAAAAUAUCUCUGGAAACGCCCGGUGGAUGACCGCAGUGGCUCCAGGUAGUACGGAUGAACUCUACUCCGGUGGCGGGCGGUGCGAUGGUAAAAACGAGAUGCCGGUAUCAUCUCGAACAAUUCCUCAGAGCACUCCCCAUGGAACAUGCGGUACAAAAUACAGAGGGAACCGAAGUCCCUCCGCAGACCCAGAGGUUCCAAACGAUCCGUGAGAAUGGAAGUUUAUUGCACCAGUUUUGUCUGUAAUUAUCUUGUUUUUAUUUUCGAUUAAUUACUGUAUUUUUUUAUUUGCAAAUACAUAAAUGGACUUCGGAGCCGACGUGUGUACAUUGUAAUUAAAGAGACCGUUGACUUAAUAAGACAUCUUCGGAAUUCGCUUUUUUUUAUCGCUGAGGUGGUUGGACCAGCUCACAGCCCAGUGGUUACUGGAGCCCAUAGACAUCUACAACGUAAAUGCGCCACCCACCUUGAGAUAUAACUUCUAAGGUCUCAAGUUACAACGGCUGUCCCACCCUUCGAACCGAAACGCAUUACUGCUUCACAGCAGAAAUAGGCAGGGUGGUGGUACCUACCCGCGCGGAUUCACAAGAGAUCCUACCACCAGUAAUUACGCAAAUUAUAAUUUUGCUAUUUAAGAAUCGAUUUUAUUCAAAGCUCCCGUCCGGUAUAUCGAUUUGAUGGGCAAUAAAAUCUAGCGUCGUCAAAAAGCGUGUUACGUCCUUCAAUAAAAUAAACUUUAUGUAGACUUUAUGUAGGAGGACUUAAAGCUUCAAAUGUUAUUCUCACGUUCCGUCUAGUGUCUUGCUUAGUAAAAUCUAUACUAAUAUUCUAAAGCUGAAGAGUUUGAAUGCGCUAAUUUCAGGAACUACUGGUCUGAUUUGAAAAAUUCUUUCAGUGUUAGAUAGCCCAUUUAUUGAGGAAGGCUAUAGGCUAUAUAACAUCACUUGGCACCUUAAAUAGCUCCUAAACAUUCUAUUAUUCAAAAAUCUUUUCAAUUCGUACGUAAAUGAAGUCGCGGGUAUAAUUUAGCGUUAUGCCCAAGUAACAACAGCGGUAGGCAGUGGUUUGGCUCUGCCCUUGGCAUUGCUGAAGUCCAUGGGCGACGGUAACCACUCAACAUCAGGUAGGCCGUAUGCUCGUCUGCCUACAAGGGCAAUAAAAAAAAAACUAUUCCACGCGGACGAAGUCGCGGGCAAAAGUUAUUUGAUAAAUAAUAUUCCUUUUUUUUUAUUGCUGGAAUCCUUAGGGGAUGUUCAGGACAUUCACAGACUCGUUUUUUUUUUACUAUAUGCUUAAAGCUCGUGAGAAUAAGUAUCAUUAUUACUCCCGUUUCUGCCGUUAAGUAGUCAUGUGUUCCAGUUGAUGUGUGGAGUAGCUUUACAGGAAAAAUCUGUCGCGGAUCAUUCUUAUAUCUUUAAAAGAGCAAUUCUUGUAUAUAAAUAUAUUUAAAUAAUCUCAAUCUCGGAAACGGCUCCAACGAUUUUCAUUUAGUAUACAGGGGAUUUCGGGGGCGAUAAAUCGAUCUAGCUACGAUUUAUUUUCAGAAAAUGUUGUUUUAUUCGUGUUUUCAAUUAUCAACUUUAUCGAUAAUUUUGAUUUUUACUUUAAAUAACCAGUUCAUAUUUUUCUUCUGUUCGUAUUAUUCUGUCGGUAAGAUAGAAAAAUAUUAUUCAUAUUUCAUCAUUUUAUCAAUAAGUAAUUCGUAUUGAAAUAUAAUUUCUAAAAAAACACAAUUUAUAAUAAAAAAAAACCGAACAAAAGCUCGGUCAUAUCUAGUUAAAUAUAAAUUAAUCAUAAGUAAUCAAAUGUAAUUAAGUUUUAGUUAUUUUUCUUAUUUUUGUUGGUCAAUCCACUGUCGAUUGCACUUAUAAUUGAGGUGACCUUUGUCAUGAACUUUUGUCAAUGUUUUGUAUUGAUGACCACUUUGUUGGUGCAACUUGGUGCAACUUAAUAAAUAAAUGCCUUUAUGCAAUGAUAUUUUAUAUGUAAAAAGAAGCAGAUAUGGACGUUUCGUCUUUAGUCGCGUCUAAACAAAUGCAAUAAUAAUAUAACAAGUGCAAUCGUUCCAAUUAUAGCUAUCUUUUUUACUCACGCGCUUAUCCCAUCUUUUGUACUUUUCAUUAAUGCUACUUGUCAACAUGUGUGUGUACUAUAUCGGUAGGUAUGUAGAUAUAUAUGACGCGAUCAGAUUUGAAGAGUCAGUUACUAUGAAGAUAACAUAUCUGUUGUAUAAAAAAUCAUUGCCUUUAUGUAAUUCAAUUGACAAUUAGAUCUCAUUUAUCUCAUGGUUUUAAGGCGAGUGACCGCAGUCGCGUUGUGAUAUUUACAGGGACGGUGGGGUCGUAAAUUAUUUCACGAUCCAUUGCCUAUUACUAAAACAGCAAGUAUUUUAUACUUAAAUAUUUUUUUUUUUAAGGGAUUUUAUGACCUGGUAACUGAGACCUUUAAGUCAUGUCUUAUUUUAAUGUAUAUUCAUAUUUUUAUGAAAAAUUAUAUUAUGGAGUGAAAUGAAAUGAAGAUGAUUAAUUUGAGACAUUAAUCAAAUGGGAUGAAAUUAAAUGAGAUGAUAUGAGAUGAAAUAUAAUCUCAGUAAAAUGGUGGUCAUUUACUAAGAUUUUUUCAGUGGACUUUUUGGAGGAUCCCGAGAAGUUACGUCCAGCGGCUUUGUUUCAUUUUCCCACAUUUGUGCACUUUCACAGAUAUUAAACAGUUAAUAAACCACAAUUAUUACACAUUUAAACCCGAAGAAACACUAAAUAGACAAAAUAAAACAAAUCACACAACUUCACUCCUCGCGUUCCCGCCAAAAAGUCUAUACUUAGCUUAUAAGUAGAUGUUGGUACAGAUAACUAUAUCACAACGUCCUGAACUUACACUAUGGUAACGUAUUUCAAACAUUCAAAUAAAGAAGACAAUUUGAGUUCCAUUGCGGCGUUUAUUGUUCAAAAUAAAUUUUCUGAUGAUUUGGAGCAAGAUUUAAUGUCAAGAAAAAUAUAUAUAUACAGUCGACGACUCUCGUUAAUUCCAACCUGCGAUAAUUAGAACCUCUCUAUAGCAAUAAUGCGUUUCGGUUCGAAGGGUGGGGUAGCCGUUGUAGCUAUACUGAGAUCUUGGAACUUAUAUCUCGAGGUGGGUGGCGCAUUUACGUUGUAGAUGUCUAUGGGCUCCAGUAACCACUUGACGCCAGGUGGGCUGUGGGCUCGUCCAUCCACCUAAGCAAUAAAAAAAUAAAAUAAAAAAAUUCAAAGUUAUCACGAGUUCCCUACAAAAUCUCUUUAUAUUUCGAACUAAAUCAAUACAUUUUUAUGCACUUGAUAAUUCGAACGAAAAAAUCAUUGCUAUAUAACAAAACGACGCGUUAAUUCGAACUCAUCGGCGUCCAACGCUCGACAAUUCAAAGAUACAGAGAGAAAGAGGUCGAAUGAUUGUAACGAAAGUGAUGAAAAAGCAUUUCAGGCACUUUUUCUCUUAAAAAAGUUAUUGAGCAGUCUGAGCAGCAGCAAUGUGUUUUGAAGCAAACCAGUCUAACAGAGUUCUUUCGAAACAUUAAUUAAUUUACAUUAUGAAUAGGUUUAUGUAUGUAUAUGAAUGUAGGUAUACGUAUGUAUGUAUACUCUAAACUUUUUUCAUUGUUACAGAAUAGCAGUUAAUAAAUAAUUAUUGAUCAAUAGUUAGUAAUUCGAAGUUUUAUUUAUUUUCUCUCAAAAAUUUCGAACCAUUUGAUAUUUCAAACAUUCGAUAAUUCGUAAUAUUUUAAGAGUCCCUCAAGUUUCGAAUUAACGAGAGUCGACUGUAUAUUGAAUUAUUGAAAUUAUUCUAAGCGCUAUUAUGUGAUUCAUUAUAUUUAUUUUAUUGACCUUUAUAUAAUCUUGCAAAUCAAUGAAGAACACGUUUUGUUAAUCUGAUGUUUUGUUUUGUGCUUUAUAAGUUGUGUUGCGGCAAUAAAUAUCUGUGAUUUAGUUUUUAAUAAAACAAAUCGGUUUUA